CAGGUCAAAGGCGAUUUUUUUUUUUUAACAACACAUGUUGCACCCAUGCGCAUUUAGUUAGACUAAGUUACAUUUCGCAAUUUAGCAGUACAUAGAGGUCAUGCCAAACGAUGUAUCUUCAUCAAGUGAUGAGGCAAGUGACACCGAGGAGGUUCCGCAAAAACGGAGAAAGCAGGCUUCAAGGUAUCAGUGUCCAGCUGAUUUUGUGGCAUUUGCCCACAAACCAUGUGCCAGUACCCUCAUCGAAAGGGUUUGUGAGGACAACACAGAAUUAUGGCUCAUCAAAGCUCCCAGCAGUUUCAACCCGGACAGUUUCAGCAGUCUGAAGAUGCCUCUGUCUGGGCUGCAGACCAUGCAGGCCCCUGCCCAGCAGACGCGUGAUGGUGGGAACACCAGACAGAUCUACAGCGUGCUGGGUGGGCCCUCUGGUGCUGCGGACCUCCAUCUCCUCACCAGUCACCCCCAGGCGCUCGACUCGGUGGUCUGUGCCCCGGCCUUCAGCGGCCUCCUCAACAUCUGUGAGAGCUACGGCGACUGCAGCACCAACCAGACCCCCAUAGCCAUCCCAGCCACCCCGGCCCCCACCGUGCCCCCGGGGCUCCGCCAGCGCUUCCAGCCUUUCGGAAGCAGGACCCCCACCCUCUCCAGACUGAUGGAGGAUACACUUGAUACUCCGCUGCCGUCUACACCAGAGACGCCUCUCAGGGUCACACUGGACCCGGGGGAGGAGAGGAAGAGCAAGAAGAAAAAGAAGAAAGAGAAACUUAUAAAGACAGAGGAGGAGAUGGAGGUGGUCAGGGUGAAGGAGGAGCUGCUAGAGACGACUCACUGUCCAGAGGAGAAAUAUGAACUUCCUGGGCAGGAAGCUGAGCUCUCAGAAGAGAAGAGGAAGAAGAAGAAGAAAAAGAAGGAUAAGGACAAGGACAGAGGAGAGGUGGAGGACACUGUAUAUUCAUCUUUUAAUGUAAUUAAAGAAGAGGUGGAAGUUAAAGUUGAACCAAUGGACAGUUCCUAUGGUGAAGUUGAAGAUUCUGGAAAAAGGAAGAAAAAGGUGAAGAAAAACAGGCAUGAUGAUGACUAGUCUGUUGUUUUUUGUGGUAAUCUUGGUUUGUGAAGUUAUGAUAUAAUAGUAUCAUUCAAUUAAGCAGUUCAACAAAUAAUUAUUAUGCUACUGUACUGUCAUUUGGAUUUUGGGGGGGGGAAAUGUGAUCAUCUAAUAAAGCCGAGACGAUAACACAUA